GAAAUCAAGUACAAACGGCAGAGGUGAAAACGAUAAAGGCACAAACGACAGAGGUGCCUCAACACUGUGGAGGUGUCUUUCAUUAGAUAUAUUUAGAGUACAGAAAACUGAACACUGUUUCCUAAAUCAAAUAAAGAAAAUGAAAAGCCCUUUUGGUUUCCCUGUCCUGGUGCUUGUUCUCUUCAUUGCUUCUGGUAAGCUCUGGUUGUCACAAAUUGAAGAUACAGAGUGA